AUGGAGAGUCCUGUUCGGCUUGUCGGCGCCGUAGCAGGUCUGUUGGACUCCGGUCUUAUCAAAGCCGGUACCAUCCAGGACGUUCCCGUCCACAACUCCCGCAGAAGACCGACGGAAGAAACCAACUUUCCACUCAGCAUCGACCGCCACGCCGUCAGUAGUCGGACUCAGAUCACACGAAGCGGUCACCUGUGCGGUCUGGAUGUUGCGAUCAAAUCGAAGCUCGAAGAGCGCAAGAUGCGAUGCAGCAAGUGCGUGUCGUUUGCCAUCCCCGCGCUAUCAGGGAAGCCGAAAACACCUUCCAGCGCAACUGUGGGUGGCGGAAUCCAGCGUGGGUCAUCGACAUCCAUCCUGGCACGCACCGGUUUAUAUGCGCCUGCCUCUUUCGCUGCUCUCAUCUCCUCCUCUUCCGGCUCCGGUUCCGCCGUUCCCUCCGGCAGAGGCCACAUGAGCAUGCGGCUGCAAAUUGGAUUAAGUGCUCAGGUGGACGUUGGGUGA